CCCUUUGAAACCACUUCCUCCCCUUCUCCCAAUCGGCCAUGUUUAAUUUGACUCAUUCAUGAAAAGUUGUACACACAACAGUAAAGCCAUGAUCUCGAAAGCUAAAUAGUAAGGAUGCACCGCCGCGUUGUUUGUACAGACUGAGCAUUAAUCAGCAGCAGUGGGAAUAAAGAAUAGCGCGUGAGGCAUCGGCAGUGUUGUUCUAGGAAAUCAUGAGGAAAAAGCAGAAUGUGAAAAACAGGAAGGCAGAAGAGACUACGGUUGUCCAAGAGUUUGCGGUGGAAAAAAUCAUCCGCAGAAGAGUCAACGAUGGAAAAGUUGAAUACUAUCUCAAGUGGAAAGGCUUCACAGAUGUAGAGAAUACCUGGGAGCCAGAGGACAACAUGGACUGUCCUGAGCUGAUAGAGGAGUUUCUCAGAAACCUCACUGUCUCAGGAGAGACGGAACAAUCCCUAGACCAUGAGGUCCAGUCCAAGCAAGAGUUAACUGAACUGGAUGCCGAUACGGCUCACCAGCAGCCUCAGGAGGAGCUCAUUGAGAGGGGUAAUGAAGACGUUGAUGAUCACAACGCUGAGAUCCCAGCAGGCCAAUCCAGCAGCCCAGAACCAGACGGCAUCAUCGGAUGCACAGACCAACAAGGAGAGCUCAUGUUCCUCAUCAAGUGGAAAAACACAGAUGAGGUAGCUUUACUGUCAGCCGGAGAGACCAGUAAAAAGUGGCCCGAGAUGGUAAUUCGUUUUUACGAGGACAAGCUGACCUGGCAUGGAGAAGACGAGCAGUGAGAGAGAAAUAUGUAGCACUGGAUACUACUGUACCUCCUGGCAGCUUUAAACAUACACAAACACUGUGGCAUAAGUUUACUGUUUGAUGUACCAUGUAUUCAAAACGUGUGAAUCCAUACUCUAAUGUGAAGCUCUUCCCAACACACUAACCUGUAGAAAUGUGACUGGAGUAUUAGAGCUCUACUGUAGUGUACUGUUUAUACAAGUCCACCUAAGUUGAUCAUUAAUCAGAUGUUGUUGUAUCUCUUGGUCUAUUGUUUGAAAGUUCAUUUGUGAUGUUCAUCAUUCUGUCCUCUUUGUUACUGUGAUCUGAACUGUGAUUACACAUAGGAGAUGAUGACAGAUGGUACAAUAACUGCUCGAGAGGGACUGUUUGAUGUGUAGAUUACUAUCCGUACUAUUAACCCCCUGGUUACGCACUUAUUCAAGUUAUACUGUGAUGAAUCCUGUGAUCUGCGAGUGGCGUAGUGUGGCUCAUGCAGGUAUAAAUCUAGGUUUGCACAAAACUAAUUCUAGAAUGUAGCCCAUACAAUCACAUUUUUUUUGUGAACAACACUUUUGUUGUAGGUCAGUAUCACUUUCAUAGCAGUAGUGCAAAUAGACCAUUGAUGUUUUGGGGUUUUGUGAUUCAAGCCUUUAAUCUGCAGUUUCGAUCGUCUGGUUUCCUGUUUUCUGUAAAGAUCACGGUUAACCUUCAAUCUCGAGUGAGCAAACUCUAGGUGCUUUAAAUAAACAUAAAAUUACCUCAGGAGUGUUUUGGUCAUUCUUG